ACACAUCACCACAAACUUUCCUCAAAUUCUCGUUUGAUCCUCUCCUCUUGCGACCGCAAGCAAAUCAAAGAUCUCGCUCCAAUUGCAAAGUUCAAGAGCCUCUGAAUCACCCUCAUGACUUUCUCACGCCUCUCAGCCAUUUUGGUUCAAAGAAAACCCUUUCACACAACCACUCAGUUUCUCAAAAUGGAUUCUUUCCAGCAGCAACAACAGCAGCAGCCCCGUGGCGCUUGCUACUCUUGCGGUUCUACUGGUCACCAGGCCCGUGACUGCCCUACCAAGGGUCCUGCUAAGUGCUACAACUGCGGUGGUAAGACCUGAGUUUUUUUAAUGCUGUAAUUUUGCCGACUAACAUGUCUUGCUAUCAGGCGAGGGCCACAUGAGUACGUUUCUCACCUCUCCUUGUUGACUUUUGCUAAUCCAUCACAGGCCGUGACUGCACUGAACCCAUG